ACUUUCCCACACAUAAGGAGGGAGAGAAAGAGAAAACGUGAGAAACUUCUUCGCUUGGAACUCAGAAUAUACAAAACGAAGACACAACACAACUCUCGCCUCUCGUUUCAAACAUUCACCAACUUCUUCACUGGUGCAUGUCUCUGUUUGACAAGAGCUGAGGUUCUUUCUCAAUGCCUAUUUUAAGUAGAAAGCCUUUUGCCUUGGCUGAGCCUCCUGAGGAUUUGAAGCUGGAAGAGCAUGUUUAUCAAAUUCGUUUUACAAAAGAAAUAUUCCGAGAAUAUCAUGAUUAUUUGAAACGUUUGAAUCUAUACCGCCAGAGGAUUUGGAUGUGUAAAGUCACUAGAAAAAAUGGCUUGACUUAUGAAGAGGCUUUGGUUUCUGAACAACGUGCCAAUGAGAAAGUUCAACAGUUUCCUAAAGAAUUAAUGACUUCUGCUUUAAGGAUUAUUCAGUACAGUAUGCUCCCUUUGAAGGAUCUAGCUGAUUCCAUUGCUGAAAAGUUGCAGGAAUGUUUGUUUGUGGGUGCUGAACUAUAUGGGAAAAAGGAUGAUGGAGUAUGUCCAUGCAAAAUAUUAAAAGUCAUCAAGAAAGGAGUUGGUAAAGUCUGUUAUGAGGUAGCCUGGCUCGACAAAAACAAGAAUAUAAGUGAAAAAGAGGAAGUUCGUGCAGAAGAUUUGGUGCAAAAGAAACCACUUCUUAGUAGAAAUAUUUUGAAGUCUUUUAUUCGGGAAUCUACAUAUCGGAAUGCCCCUUGGGUUUUACAUGAUGAACUGGCAAAAAAUCAUGGAAUAUCAACUGAUGUUCCUGAGGUGUUAAGAGGAAGGUUUUUUUUCAAAGAUGGACUUGUAGUUUGCUCCAAGAAAAGGAAAAAUGAGGAAUCAACGAAGGAUACUGAUAACUUUAAAAGGAAGAAAUUGGAUGGUGUGCAAAUCAAUCAUUCUGCCCAAGAAAAAGAAAAUGGCCUAUACAUGGAAGAACCAAUCAAAUACCCCAUUGAUGAUCUAUUGGUGAAGCCUAGUCCAGAUGAUCCUGUUUUCACUGAUCGGCCUUCUCCAUCAAGAGACUUUAAUGUUCCAAUGUGUUGUGUAGGGGAUCUUUUAAUGGUUUGGGAAUUUUGUUCUUCUUUUAGCAAACUGUUGCACCUGUGGCCCUACUCUCUAGAAGAUUUUGAAAAUGCUAUCUGCCAUAAGGAUAGCAAUGUGGUUCUCCUAGUGGAAUCUCAUGCAGCACUUUUUCGAAUUCUCAUGAAAGAUGACAAUGAAUACUCUUCAGCUGUAAAGAAACGAAAGUUGAAGUCGAAGAUUACAUUGAUUAAUUGGACAGAAUAUUUAUGUGAUUUUCUAGAAAUGAUCAAUGUUCCUGAGCUACAGAACUAUGAAGCAACUAUAAAAAGGGGACAUUAUGGUCUUGUAGAUGCCAAUGUGAAAUUAGAAAUCUUAGGUGAAUUGGUCAAUCGAGCCCUUGGAACUGCAAUUUUCAGGGAAAAGUUGGACGAGUUUAUUGAACAGCGGCAGGCACUUGGGGCCACUAGAAGGGAAGAGGCAUUGGAAGAUGGUAGGAGGAGAAGAGAAAAAAAGGAGAGGUUAAAAGCUGAGUCCAAAAGCAAUGGAUUUGAGGAUGGGCAUCUGAACAAUGCCAAUGUCUUAACAAACAAUGAUCAUGGGAUACAAAAUGGAGACAUGGAUAAGAAAAGAAAUGUAGAGAUAGAAUUGUCCAAGCAAAACAAUCCAUUAGAUAGAAGUGGGAUCAAGCAUUCAAAUCCUGCUUCAAAAAAGUCACCCAAGAAGCUGAAUUCAGAGCUGAAAGAACCAACAGAAAAUGGAAAAGAAUUAUCCAGAAAGGAAUUACUAAAACAGUUGAAGGGUGACAAGGAUCCAUCAGAGAAGAAUAAUAAAGAACAGAGGAGAGAAUAUUUUGAACGAGAGAUGGAGAAACGAUUUAUUCGUAGAAGUCCAUUAGGUAAGGACAGAGAUUACAAUAGGUAUUGGUGGUUCCGUCGUGAUGGGAGAAUAUUUGUUGAAAGCUGUGACUUCAAGGAGUGGGGAUACUACAGCAGCAAGGAAGAGCUUGAUGCAUUGAUGGGUUCACUGAAUUGCAAGGGUGAACGGGAAAGGGCACUGCGAAAGCAACUGGAAAAAUAUUAUAGUAGAAUAUGCUCAGAACUCCAGAAAAGAUCGAAGGACUUGAUGCACAAGAUUGCAAUGGAUGAGUCUGUGCUUCGAAGAUCUACUCGAGUUCGAGCUCCUCCUAGGCAGAACCCUGCCAAUGCUUUCCUCAGAUACGUUAACAAGUGGAAAGAAGAGUAGUAGGUGGUGCAAGGGAGAAACACGGUAUAAGUUAACCUUCACACUGGUUAAUCCUGGAACUUUCAAGUUGAGAGUUGAUACACAGCCUUGACAGUAAUAGGGAUUAAUUUUACGUUCCAUUUUUGGAUGAUGGACAAGCAUGUGUGUAUGCUUGUUUCUGAAAUUUUGUACAUGACAUAUACAAUUCUUCAAUAAUAGCAGAAAACUGGUAAAAGAGUAGGACUUUUACUCCCUCUUCUUUUAUUGAUGAACAUGGUAGUAAGGAUAAGUUAUUGCUGUACUAUAAAUAACAUAAUUUGGAGUUGGGAUUUCAAAUGACUGGUAGAGGAUUACUGAGAUGAUUGCUUCUAGUGUCUGAGUUUUCUUUACAUAGAAGCAACUCACCGGAAUCUCUUAAGGGAAUCUCUUUGGGAAGGAAUGGCCACUGGUCGAGACCAUGGUUGUC